GGUGAGGGGUCAAGGCGUGGGAAGAAGCAUGGCGGGCAGUUCGGGAAAGCGGGAGCCGGGAGCGCAGAGCCAUGCCGAGAAACCGAGCGAGGCCUUUGGCGCGGGAGAGGUCCAGGCGGCGUUCCCGCCGACGUUCAGUGUCUCCGAAAUUAAGAACAAGCAGCGGCGCCAUUUCAUGUUCCUGCGCUGGAAGCAGCAGCAGAGGAAGGAGAAAUUAGCUAUCAAGAAAAAGAGGAAAAAGGAACAAGAAGCACUCGGAGACAAGGCACCACCAAAGCCAGUACCAAAGACAAUAGAAAACCAGCGUGUGCAUGAUGAAACUACAGUUGAUCCAAAUGAUGAAGAGGUUACUUUGGAUGAAGCUACAGAUGAAUUUGCACCCUACUUCAAUAGGAAAACUCUUCCAAAGAUUCUUAUAACAACAUCUGACAGACCUCGUGGGAGAACUGUUCGGUUCUGUGAACAAUUAUCAACAUGUGUUCCAAAUUCCCAUGUUUAUUAUCGAAGAGGACUGGCUCUAAAGAGAAUUAUUCCACAAUGUAUAUCAAGGGAUUUCACUGAUCUGAUAGUUGUCAAUGAAGAUCGGAAAAUACCAAAUGGGCUUGUGAUAAGUCACUUGCCUGAAGGUCCAACUGCUCAUUUUAGGAUGAGUAGUGUUCGUCUCCGUAAAGAAAUAAAGCGGAAAGGGAAAGAUCCCACCAAACAUCAGCCUGAAGUAAUCCUGAACAACUUUACAACACGACUGGGCCAUUCUAUUGGACGCAUGUUUGCAUCUCUUUUUCCUCAUGAUCCUCAGUUCAUUGGUAGACAAGUAGCCACAUUUCAUAAUCAACGAGACUAUAUAUUUUUCAGGUUCCACAGGUAUAUUUUCAAAAAUGAAAAAAGAGUAGCCAUUCAAGAACUAGGUCCACGCUUUACCCUGAAAUUAAGAUCUCUUCAAAAGGGAACGUUUGAUUCGAAGUUUGGAGAAUAUGAAUGGAUUCAUAAGCGCCGUGAAAUGGACACCAGUAGAAGAAAAUUCCAUCUUUAAGAAUAUGCUAAGAAGGUGAACCUGCUGUUUGAUUUAGACUGCAUCAACAAGAACAAAGAAGUGGGGAUGGUGUUGCUGUACAACUAUUCCUGCUCUUUAUGAACAAACUGCAAACUAACAGCUGUUUCCAUCAGACUGAAUUCAUAGUUGGGGCCAGGGACUGUCCCUUUUAGUGCCUUUGGUGGCUUCAUAACUAUGCUACAUUUGUGUGAAGAAACUGCACCAUUUCCUGUCUAAUCAUGCCAAGAGGUUAUAAAGAUGUCUUCUUAAAGAUAGUGCCAUCUUUUGUAAUUGUAUAUAUGCUAUAUAUUAGAAGGAUUUUAGUCUGAAAAUAAAUCCUAAAAAAAGAG